CUUCCACGCAACGCAAAGGCAGGCUGGGAGCCUGGGACACUGCUAAAAAGAAAAAGGUAGGCUGGGACAGAGCCUUAGAAGCCACUCGGUUUCGUAUAAAAGCCCCUCGGCUCGCCCCAAAUUGGCCAAAUCACAACACCGAGCCCGAACUAAGCCCCGGCUGCAGCAGCUCCCAUUCCUCGCCGUCGAGCUCACCGGACACCGCCCGAAGCCAAGAUGACUACUUCCAGGCGCCUUGCUGACAGGAAGACAGCGAAGUUCCAGAAGAACAUCACCAAGAGGGGUUCGGUGCCUGAAACCACUGUGAAGAAGGGGAAUGACUAUCCUGUCGGACCUAUAGUGCUUGGAUUCUUCAUCUUUGUGGUCAUCGGAUCAUCUCUGUUUCAGAUAAUCAGGACAGCGAGCAGUGGUGGGAUGGCCUGAACACUGUCAUACAUUAAUACAGUUGCAGCUAAAUCUGUUUGAUGUCGUCAUAGUUUGUCUUCUUAAAAGUACCUAGUUUGAGCUGAUGUUGUAAGAACUGUAAACAGAGUUAUCAAUCUUAUACAUGUUAAACGGACAA